AGUUCAUUCACUUGUUCUAUUCGGCAACUUUGAUACCGGGUUAGACGUAAACUUUUUAUAGUAUUUUUUUUUAAUUAAAUUAUUAUACAAAAUACUUUUAUAACAAUGUCGGUGGCAGUAAAAGGUAUUUUCAUCGUUGGUGCUAAGCGCACGCCAUUCGGUACUUUCGGUGGUGUGUUCCGCAAUACCUCUGCAACUGAAUUGCAGACAAUUGCUGCCACGGCCGCCCUUAAAGAGGCGGGUGUGGCCCCUGAACAGAUUGACUCUGUAGUCGUUGGACAGGUUAUGACAGCAUCUCAAACAGACGGUAUUUACACUCCAAGACACGCAGCUCUAAAGGCAGGGAUCCCUCAAGACAGGCCAGCACUGGGUGUUAACAGGCUCUGCGGUUCUGGUUUCCAAUCAAUCGUUAACAGUGCACAGGACAUCCUGACUGGCACAGCAAAAAUAUCCCUCGCCGGUGGAGUGGAGAACAUGUCGCAAGCCCCGUUCGCAGUGCGCGGGGUUCGAUUCGGUACAGUGUUAGGUACUUCACACGCUUUCGAAGACACCCUGUGGGCCGGUCUCACUGACUCCUACUGCGGACUGCCCAUGGGUAUGACGGCUGAGAAACUGGGAGCUCAGUUUGGUAUUACCAGAGAUGAGGUUGAUAACUUCGCCUUGAGAUCUCAGCAACGGUGGAAGACAGCUAACGACGCUGGUGUCUUCAAGGCUGAAAUCGAACCCGUGACCCUGACCAUCAAAAAGAAGCAGGUGAACGUGGAAACCGAUGAGCACCCUCGUCCUCAAACUACUCUCGAGGGUCUGAAGAAACUGCCCCCUGUAUUCAAGAAGGAAGGUCUUGUCACCGCUGGUACUGCUUCGGGUAUAAGCGAUGGCGCAGGAGCACUGAUCCUGGCAAGCGAAGAGGCAGCCAAGAACCUGAAGCCCUUAGCCAGGCUCGUGGGCUGGUCCUACGUGGGAGUAGACCCCAGCAUCAUGGGUAUUGGGCCCGUGUCCGCUAUUGAAAACCUACUCAAAGUCACCAAGCUAACCUUGAACGAUAUUGAUUUGAUUGAGAUCAACGAGGCCUUCGUGGCGCAGACGCUGUCGUGCGCGAAGGCCCUGAAGCUGGACGCGGAGAAGCUGAACGUGAACGGAGGCGCCACCGCGCUGGGCCACCCGCUGGCCGCGUCCGGCUCCCGCAUCACCGCGCACCUGGUGCAUGAGCUCAGACGGCGUGGUCUGAAACGCGCCAUCGGCUCCGCCUGCAUCGGAGGUGGUCAAGGAAUUGCUGUCUUGGUUGAAGCCGUCUAAAAACUUAAUAUGACUUUUUGUACCUAAUUUGUUACUCCUGUACUAAAUACAAAAUUGUGAAUUUUUUAUAAAAAUCAAAGUAUUGUCGGUUGAAGCCGUCUAAACCCUAUAUUGUGUGACUUUAGCCUUAUUCGUGACUCACUGUUCCUGUAUUGAAUAAUAAUAAUGUUAUUUACUUUUUUUAAAUCCAAACAAAGCUAAGUAAGUUUUAAAUACGCCUACAACUUGUACGUUACGUCUUUUUGUAUAUAAGUAUUAAUAAUUGUGGAUUUAAUAAACAUUGUUGUCUAUUGUAAAUAAAAACAUACGAUGGGAA